AUGGAGCCCGGCGCCCCGCCUGAUCUCCGCGACGUCGAGCAGAAGCUGGGGCGCAAAGUGCCCGAGAGCCUGGCGCGGCCCCUGCGCGGGGAGGAGCUCCCGGCUCGCCCCGCCGCCGCGGCCCCCGGCCCCCGCCGCCGCCGCGCUGCCGCCUUGGCCCGUCUGGAGACGAAACUUCAGCUGCUGAGGCAGGAGAUGGUUAAUCUCCGAGCCACUGAUGUGAAGCUUAUGCGCCAGCUCCUCCUCAUCAAUGAAAGUAUUGAAUCAAUCAAGUGGAUGAUUGAAGAGAAAGCCAUUGCCAGCAGGGGCAGCAGUUUGAGUGGAAGUCUGUGCAGCUUGCUAGAAAGUCAGGAGACAUCCCUCCAUGGCAGCUGUAACAGUUUACAAGACUGUAGUGAUGGACUGGAUGGAAUAUCAGUGGGGAGUUAUUUGGACACCUUAGUGGAUGAUGUCCCUGGUCACCCAACCCCAUCAGAUAUGGACAAGUUCAGUGAUUGUUCUGCCAUGGAGGACUCACAGUCUCUGCAUAAACAUCCCAAAAUUGAUUCUGAUGAGUACUACUGUUUUGGUUAAUAAGAACAAGUUCCAGUGGGACACCAAUGCACUUGUAUUUAUCCUUUUUCUUUGCUGCUAUUUUAUUUCAUGUGCAAAGCGCCCAAAGUUCUCUUGGAAGGAGAAUAUAAUAUGAUACUUCAGUUCUACUGCAUAACUCUUCUAUUGCUUCUAAUGCAUUUUCUCCUUGAUGGGCUGGGCUUUUCUCCUCCUCCUCACAUUUUCUUAAUUUAUUGUCACAAUUUUUUUUUUUGUUUUAAUUUUUUACAAUGCUGAAUUUACAAGUCUGUAAAAGCGGUGAAGGAAAAGCUUUAUCUUUAAAAUGAAACA